AUGUCAUCCGCUGUUGUUCCCGAUGAAGGCAUUAACAAUGUGUCAGGACCAUCCGCUACCAUCGAAUUUGAUGAACUAUUUGACGUCCCAGAUUCAAUUCCGCCAAAGGAAGUAGACGCAAGCGCCAGUGAAAGUAAAGGGGAGAUGACCUCCGACGACCAUACUCAGUUGGAGCUCGAUGUUGAUCAGCCUAUCCCCCAAAAUGAUUCCGUUGCCAAAACAAAAGAGUCAGAAAAGGAAACUACCAAGUGCAUCUCCCCCAUUCAGUGGGAUUUACUCAGUGAUGGUGAGCAGUUGCAAGACACCGUACACGUCGAUGCUCCGGAAGACGAAUUUUCUAGAGAGGAGGAGGAAGAAGAAACUCGACCGAAAAGCAUACCCGAUGCCAGUGUCGAGAGUUUUCCCCAGGAUUCCCUGAAUAAUACGAUGAAUCACGAUUUGCCAGAAGACCUUCGUCGCAUUUUCGUGAACACUCGAUAUUUCCUCAUAAAGAGCAACAAUCACGAAAAUGUUGACAUUGCGAAGAAAAAAAAUGCUUGGGCGACUCCGACUGCAAACGAAAGCCGCCUAAACAAGGCUUUCUUUGAUUUUGACAACGUUAUACUCAUAUUCUCUGUGCGAGAAAGUGGCAGAUUUCAGGGAUACGCGCGGCUUUCAUCACCCUCGGACCCACGAAUGCAUAUUAGUUGGGUGUUGCCGCCGCGUAUGUCCUCUAAUUUAUUAAGCAGUCCAUUUAAACUUGAUUGGAUCAGCAAACAAGAGCUUCCAUUCCCCAAAACGGUUCAUCUUAACAAUGCCUGGAAUGAAAACAAGCCUGUUAAGAUCGGUCGCGACGGUCAAGAAAUCGAGCCGAUCUGCGGCGAGGCACUCUGUCGCCUGUUCCAGGUCGACAAGCCGUCGAAACUUCCGGAUAUCUUAUCGAAGAUCGAAAGCCGCAAACCCUGUGGAGACUCUCACAGACGCAACGCCUUUGAACGACUCGGUGUAUCCGAUAACUCCAGACUGCAUGGCGCAGGGCCCAGACGGAUGCGUGAUUUUGGUUUCCAGAACUCGAACUCAGUUGGCCUUCUAGGCGCAGCCACUGGCUCUCGCUAUCAGACUGGGAACCGACGUUCUAUCCUCCCGGGCACUGGUUUCCCUGGCAACAGCACUAAAUCUGGUGCCUCUGCAACGCCACUCAUGCAGGUGAAUGCGACUGCUGCUGCAAUGGCUGCCGCCGCUGCAAUGGCGGCCAUGACAAAUCCAUCUUCGGUGCGAGGACCCAUGGACUCUACGCGCUUGUCUGCCAUGGACUUCCCUUUCUUCAUGGCGUCUAAUUCUCAGUUAUUGCCUCAGCUUCUUCCGCAGUCUGCAGCGAUGCAAGGAACAUUCGAACGACUGCCUAUUGCGGGCAAUUCGUCAGUCUCCUCCCGUCUCGGACUACAGACCGGAAUGCCGGGACCUACGCUCGGCAGGAUGCCCUCCAACUCAGCUUUGGAGGCGUUUAAUAUGGAGCCCCAAGAAUCCUCUCAACGGCGGUCCAGGGCAUAUCCUCGCCGAAACGAUCGUCGCGGUCGAAGCCGUUCAUCAAGCUAUGCUAGUGAUGUUAAAGGACACAGGAGUUCGAGUUCCAAUGGUUAUCGUUCUGGCUCAUACCGUGACCGUGAAUCCUAUCGUCGCCCAUCUCGAACGAGGUUAGGUGGCGGUGCUGGUUCCUUGGCUGUCGUGGUUCAUGAUUUUAUUUCUUUAUUCGCGAACAAUGAAUUAGAUCUCCUUUGGAUUAAACUCCUUUGGGCCGAUUUUGAAGACAGCUUUCGAAACGGACAAACGGAUCUUAUUGAUCGAUGGAUCUAUGCUAAGUCUGGGGCUGGUGAUAUCUUCGUGGUUUCGGCGCGUCUGUUUGUCAGUUAA